AUGCCCUCGGGGUCCCCGAGACGCGGUACGGGCACCCUGGAUGAUUUUCUCAGCACCCCGGCGGGGCUCCGGGGCACUGCGCCCUCAGACAAUAUGGCGGCUGUCUCCCCUAGUGCAACCAGCGGGGGGGAUUCCAUGUCCGACUUUAGCCCCGAUGACGCCCUUCUGUCCAUCAGGGCUGAGCUCUCCAGGAUUGGGAGCAGCAUGCUCACCAAAGCAGACACGAGGGCCCUGGUCCGGGAGAUAAGGGAGGUGGUCUGGGAGGACCUGCAGGGCCCCCGAACAGACCUCACGGCCCUCACGGAACGAGUGGAUGCAGUGGAGGCGGAAGCACGGAUCUGCUGUCAGCAGCACCGAGCAGCAGAGACAGCGGCCACUAGACAGGGUAACAUGCUGCUGAACCUAAGACGCCAGGUGGAGGACCUGGAGAACCGCAGCCGGAGGCACAACGUCCGGAUCAGGGGCCUGCUGGAGCCUGACACAGAACCACUGGCGGUCACUCUACAGCAGCACUUCUGCCAGCUCUUGGGCCCUGAUGCACCGCCCGACAUCCGCAUAGACCGGGCCCACCGCGCCUAG